AUGCGGGAGGACGAGCCCAUGAAAAGCGGGCUCUGCGUCCAUGCGGAGCCCGUCUUCGGCAUGGGAGAAUUAAAUAAAUAGCUUCGCGAUCCCGCCGUGGUUUUGAGCGUGGUCAGCAGUAUCCGACGACGAGACAGCCUGUGUGUAAAAGGAGUAACCGAGACGACCACCUGUAUAAUAGUCCAUGUCGAGCUUGGCUGUCGCUGCAACAAGACGACGAAUUGCUGCUACGACACUCUCCUGGGCUGCUUCUUCCACAACCUCAUCUACAACAAGCCAGCUUCACAGCCGGAACCAACUACAUACACCCAUCCUCCACAGACACAUCCACACAUCCAACAUGACGACCGUCGGCCCUGUCAUUGCCCUCUCCCACGGCGGAGGCCCCAUGCCCGUCCUAGGCGACCCCGGCCACAAAUCCAUCAUCUCGUCGCUCAAGAACCGCGUGCCCAAGCUGCUCAAGCUGGGCACUCCCGAGCAGCCCCGCGCCAUCGUCGUCGUCACGGCGCACUGGUCCACCGACAAGCCCACCAUCUCGUCGGGCGCCUCGCACAAGCUCUACUACGACUACUACGGCUUCCCGCGCGAGUCGUACGCCCUCAAGUACCCGGCGCCCGGCCACCCGGAGCUUGCGCGGGAGCUCCGUGACGCCCUGGCCGGCGAGGGCGUCGCCUCGGUGCUCGACGACGAGCGCGGCUGGGACCACGGCGUCUUCAUCCCGCUGCUGCUCAUCCACCCCAAGGCCGACAUCCCCGUCGUGCAGAUCUCGGUGCUCCAGUCCGAGGACCCCGAGGCCCAUCUCCGCAUGGGCAAGGCGCUGGCCAAGCUGCGCGCCUCCAACGUCGCCAUCAUCGGCUCCGGCUUCGCCUCCUUCCACAACCUGGGCAUCAUGCGCCAGCUGACCAUGGCGGGCCCGAAGCAGCAGGCCGAGUUCCGCACCGCGUCGGAUACGUGGAACACCACGCUGAGCGACGCCGUGGGCAAGAACGACGUUGCCGAGCGGUGGGAGGCCCUCAAGGGCUGGCGCAAGUUCCCCUUUGCAGACAUCAUGCACCCGCCCCACGGCGGCGAGCACUUCAUGCCGCUGCUGGUGUGCGCGGGUGCGGCGGCCGAAACCGAGCCGACGAGGAAGUAUGCUGACGAGUUUUUGGGCCUUGACAUCAAUACCUUCUAUUGGAGUGCUGAGGAAGUUAAAUAAAGAUAGGAUGAUGAUGUAAUGCCAUGCCAUGUUUGAUAGGAAGCGAAGAAUAGAUAUACCAUGAUUAUUCAACUAUCCACUUCAACAAGAGUUGAUUGAGAGCAAAUAUUAAGCUAUAAGUUAGAUAUUCACGUGAGCAACUUGUUCCUCAAAAAGACUAUUAACGAAGAUCUGUUGUC